AGACUUGCCAGCUCCUACAAAUCCUUGCAUGUCACUGAGUCCACCCUGCUUUACCGAAGAAGAUAGAUUUAGUCUGGAAGCUCUUCAGACAAUACAUAAACAAAUGGAUGAUGACAAAGAUGGUGGAAUUGAAGUAGAUGAAAGUGAUGAAUUUAUUAGAGAAGAUAUGAAAUACAAAGAUGCUACUAAUAAACAUAGCCAUCUGCAUAGAGAAGAUAAGCACAUAACUGUGGAAGAUCUUUGGAAACAAUGGAAAACAUCGGAAGUUCAUAAUUGGACUCUUGAGGAUACCCUUCAGUGGUUGAUUGAAUUUGUUGAACUACCCCAAUAUGAGAAGAAUUUUAGAGACAAUAAUGUCAAAGGAACAACACUUCCCAGGAUAGCAGUGCAUGAACCUUCAUUUAUGACCUCCCAGUUGAAAAUCAACGAACGGAGCCACAGACAAAAACUUCAGCUCAAGGCGCUGGACGUGGUUUUGUUUGGACCUCUCACACGUCCUCCUCAUAACUGGAUGAAGGAUUUUAUCCUCACAGUUUCUAUAGUAAUUGGUGUUGGAGGAUGCUGGUUUGCUUACACACAGAAUAAGACAUCAAAAGAACAUGUUGCAAAAAUGAUGAAAGAUUUAGAAAGUCUGCAAACGGCAGAACAAAGUCUGAUGGACUUACAGGAAAGGCUUGAAAAGGCACAGGAAGAAAACAGAAAUGUUGCUGUAGAAAAGCAAAAUCUAGAGCGCAAGAUGAUGGAUGAAAUCAAUUACGCCAAGGAGGAAGCCUGUCGGCUGAGAGAGCUGAGGGAAGGAGCAGAAUGUGAAUUAAGUCGACGUCAAUAUGCAGAGCAGGAAUUAGAGCAGGUUCGAAUGGCUCUAAAAAAGGCUGAGAAAGAAUUUGAACUAAGAAGCAGCUGGUCUGUUCCAGAUGCACUUCAGAAGUGGCUUCAGUUAACACAUGAAGUAGAAGUACAGUACUACAAUAUUAAAAGACAGAAUGCUGAAAUGCAGUUAGCUAUUGCUAAGGAUGAGGUUGCUGCUUCAUAUCUGAUUCAGGCAGAGAAAAUUAAAAAGAAGAGAAGCACAGUCUUUGGGACCCUGCAUGUGGCGCACAGCUCCUCCCUCGACGAGGUGGACCACAAAAUUCUGGAGGCAAAGAAAGCGCUUUCUGAGUUGACAACUUGUUUACGAGAACGACUCUUUCGCUGGCAACAAAUUGAGAAGAUCUGUGGCUUUCAGAUAGCCCAUAACUCCGGGCUUCCCAGCCUGACUUCCUCCCUUUAUUCUGAUCACAGCUGGGUGGUGAUGCCCAGAGUCUCCAUCCCACCCUACCCCAUUGCCGGAGGAGUUGAUGACUUAGAUGAAGAUACACCCCCAAUAGUGUCACAAUUUCCCGGGACCAUGGCCAAACCUGCUGGGUCACUAGCCAGAAGCAGCAGCUUGUGCCGCUCGCGUCGCAGCAUCGUGCCAUCCUCGCCACAGUCCCAGCGCGCGCAGCUCCCUCCGCACGCCCCGCUCUCUGCUCACCCGCGGCUCGCCCAGCACUCGUUGCCUUCCCCUGAUCCAGACAUCCUGUCGGUGUCCAGUUGCCCGGCUCUCUAUCGGAAUGAAGAGGAGGAGGAGGCCAUUUACUUCUCUGCUGAGAAGCAAUGGGAAGUGCCAGACACAGCUUCAGAGUGUGACUCCUUAAAUUCUUCCAUUGGAAGGAAGCAGUCUCCUCCUUCAAGCCUUGAGAUAUACCAGACGUUGUCUCCUCGAAAGAUAUCUAGAGAUGAGCUCUCCCUUGAGGAUUCAUCCAGAGGAGAUUCGCCCAUCACCGCAGAUGUCUCUCGGGGCUCUCCCGACUGUGCAGGCCUGACAGAGACCAAGAGCAUGAUCUUCAGUCCCGCGAGCAAAGUGUACAAUGGCAUCUUGGAGAAAUCCUGUAGCAUGAACCAGCUUUCCAGUGGCAUCCCGGUGCCUAAACCUCGCCACACAUCUUGUUCCUCAGCUGGCAGUGAGGGCAAACCAGCUCAGGAAGUCCCCACUGUUGCCCGGAUAAGCAGCAUCCCGCACGGCCUUUGUCAUAAUGGAGAGAAAAGCAAAAAGCCAUCAAAGAUUAAAAGCCUUUUUAAGAAGAAAUCUAAGUGAACUGACUGAUUCGAUGGAGCUUCCAUUCAAGUGGCAUCUUUAAACUUUUGUCUCCUACCCCUCACCCCUUUUUUGUUUUAAUUUUAGGAAUGUAACUCCAUGGGGGCUUUCCAGACUGGAUGCCAUAGUAGAAUGUCCCUAAGGGCAACUGUCUACUGUCUGCUUAUUUAAAUGACUCUAUAAUCAGUUUGUCAAGCCAGUUAUUACUGAAAAAUCAUAAAGAGAUGAGACAGUUUACAGUCAUUUCUGCCUAUUUAUUUUUGCUUUGUUAUUAGUGAUGUAUAUAUGCAAUAUUUUGUUGAAAGCCACUGUGGACUUACACGCUUUAAUGGACUGGUAAGCCAGCAUGGGCUUGCAAAAAUUCUUGUUUACCAGAGCAUCUUCUUACCUUUCCACAGAGCUAUUUACAUCUUGGACUAAAUAACUUUAAAGAAAUAAAAACUAAUUGCACUACUGUUUUCCAGACUGGAAAAAAAAAUCUCUGCAAAGUGAAACUGCAUAGAGUUUAUAAAAUGACUAUGGAUUGGGGACUGUUUUCAUUUUUAGAUCAAAAUGGGUUUUUAAGUAGAACCUCGGAUUUCUAAUUGACUUGAUUUCUGGAAAUGAAAACCAUGCUUUUAUUAUGGGAAGCUUCUUUAAUGCAUUUAAUAUUAUAAAGUUUCAAGUCCUGCUGUAAAGAUCAUGUUGUCUUGUUUUUCCCAGGGCUUUCACUGUGAUUUACUGCAUUGCAGGCUGUAUGAUAAAACAGAAAUAAUUUAAAGAGAGAAGGCUCUUGAUUCCUUAUGCAAGUGGAAGAGUUGAAACUUGAUUGAAGGACUUAAAACAUUCGCAAGCUUAAACUGAGAUGGGGAGAUGUGGGGAUUCAGGCACUUGUUUACAGACUUUGAAUAACUGCAAAGGAUUUACAGUUUGUGAAAAAUUUGUACUGUGGCAAAGAUAAUAAAUUGGAGACAUUAUUGUGUGGGACUGUGCUGAUUUUUGUUGAUAACACUCCACUGAAAACACUAUGUUUUCUGAUAAAUUGUGUAAGCUGUCUUGUUGCAAUAUAAGAAAUAGUGAUGUUUUGGAAAUAAGUUGUCAACAAAUUUCUUUCUAUUUUAUAUUGUUUGUCAUAUUUUUAUGUAGUUUGAAAUGUUUAAAUGUUCUAAUAUCAAGAUUAACAAAUAUAAAUUUAUGGUGCAUUUAGAUUGUGUUGUAUUAAUUUGUAAAGUGUGGGGUUGGCUAUGAGCAUAACUUUUACUGUGAAGAUUGAGCAACUGGAUCUGUUCACAUCUGGGGAGUUUCUGAUUAAUGCCAUGUGGGUGGAUGUUUAGGUGAACAGCUGAUACAUACUAGCUAGGAUGGGUUUUUAGCAUCAUUGCUAAAGUGCUUAAUGCCUCACUCAUACUGCUUAGAUGGAAAUGCUGAUCCAUAACAGGAAGUUUCUUUUCAGGUUGCCCCACAGGAGAACUGUGUUAAGAAUAUGAACAAUUUCCUGAAGUCUUAGUACUGUUAUUAAAAAUUGUUAUGAUCUGAAAUGAUCGUUACAUAGACUUAUUUAUAUAUUGAGUAGGCUGACUGCUCUGGGGGUAGAAAUUGAUUGAAACCAAGAUAGUGUUUGGACUAGAAAUAAGGUAAUGCAAACGGUGAAAGAGUUGAGGCACGCAGACUCAAAAGCCAUUCAGGAGUGGGGGGAAUUUGUGUAUAAAGCACUUGGAAAGUU